AGCCCUGGAGAUACUCUAGAACCAGGAGCAAGUUGGCCACGGCGGUGGUCUCGGGAGCCACGGGAGGGCAGGGCUGGGUCGGGGGAGGGCAGUGUGGCGUCAGGAUCUGGGCGGCCCCUCGGCGGCCCCGUCUGUCUGGCCCAUCCUCUCCAGCCCAGCUCGGGCUCCGGCGCCCCAGCUCCGGCCGUGCGCUCUCGUGGGUCACGGGGAGAGCCCCGCGAGCCCCGCACCACUCGCACCCGGGCAGCAGGGCCGCGGGAGGGGCCGCCACACCGGCUGGGCGAGGGCUGCCGCGCCGCGUCCGGGAAGGCAAGAGUUGACAGCUGGAGCCGGCUGCGGGAAGGUUCGCGCUGGGACGCGGGGCUCUGCCGUGGGCUGAGAAGACCGACUUACCCUCUGAAAAAGAAACCCAAGAAGCUGUUCUACUGGGCUCUCUUUGUGAUCACCCUUAACAGGAGAAGAAGGAUGGCCAAAGAAAAGGGCCUAAUCAGCCCAGAAAACUUUGCUCAGCUGCAAAAGUACAUGGAGUACUCCUCCAGAAAGGUCAGUGAUGUCCUGAAGCACUUUGAUGAGGGUGGUCAGAUGAACACAUAUUGCGAAGGAGAUGCCAUUGGUUACCUGGGAUUUGAGCAAUUCCUGAAGCUCUAUCUGGAAGUGGAAGAAGUUCCCCAUCACCUAUGCUGGGCUCUGUUUCGUUCCUUUGUCACUAGUCAGAGCUCCGAGGAUACUGAGCUAAAAGACAAUGUGAUCUGUCUCAGUGAUGUCUCCUGCUACUUUUCCCUCCUGGAGGGUGGCCGGCCAGAAGACAAGCUAGAAUUCACCUUCAACCUGUAUGACAUGGACAGAAAUGGGAUCCUGGACAGCUCAGAAGUAGAAAAAAUUAUCCUUCAGAUGAUGCGUGUGGCCGAGUACCUCGACUGGGAUGUGUCCGAGCUAAGGCCGAUUCUUCAGGAGAUGAUGAGCGAGGUUGACUACGAUGGCAGUGGUUCUGUCUCUCUAGCUGAGUGGGUCCGGGCUGGGGCUACCACAGUGCCACUGCUCGUGCUUCUGGGGAUGGAUAUGACCAUGAAGGAUGACGGGCAGCAUAUAUGGAGACCCAGGAGAUUCCCCAAACCAGUCUACUGCAACCUAUGCGAGUUGAGCAUCGGCCUCGGCAAACAGUGCCUGAGCUGUAACCUUUGUAAGUACAUUGUUCAUGACCGCUGUGCCAUGAAGGCCCUGCCUUGUGACGUCAGCACCUAUGCCAAGUCUCGGAAAGACAUUGGUAUCCAGUCACAUGUGUGGGUUCGAGGAGGCUGUGAUUCUGGGCGCUGUGACCGAUGCCAGAAGAAGAUCCGGAUCUACCACAGCUUAACAGGACUGCACUGCGUGUGGUGCCACCUGGAGAUCCAUGAUGAAUGUCUGCAGGCCGUGGGUCCUGAGUGUGACUGUGGACUGCUCCGUGAUCAUAUCCUGCCUCCAUCUUCCAUCUACCCCAGGUUCCUGGCAUCUGGACAAGAGCGUAAACUGAAGACCACAGAUGACACAAACUUGUGCAUCCCCGAGGCUUUUCGGAUUGACCCUGUUCCUAACAGCCACCCACUUCUAGUGUUUGUCAAUCUUAAGAGUGGAGGGAAGCAGGGACAGAGGGUGCUCUGGAAAUUCCAGUAUUUGCUAAAUCCUCGGCAGGUGUUCAACCUGAAGGAUGGUCCGGAGCAAGGGCUCAGAUUUUUCAAAGAUGUUCCUCAAUUCCGGGUAUUGGUGUGUGGUGGAGACGGCACCGUAGGCUGGAUUCUAGAGUCCAUUGACAGAGCCAAGUUGCCCACUGUGCCUCCUGUUGCCGUGUUGCCCCUGGGCACUGGAAAUGAUCUGGCUCGUUGCCUAAGAUGGGGAAGAGGUUAUGACGGUGAGAAUUUGGGAAAGAUUCUCAAGGAUAUAGAGAUAAGUAAGGUGACAUAUCUCGACCGAUGGUCUCUGGAAGUGAUACCCCAGCAAAAUGAAGAAAAGAGUGAUCCAAUCCCCUCUCAAAUCAUCAAUAACUACUUCUCCAUUGGCGUGGAUGCUUCAAUCGCUCACCGAUUUCACAUCAUGCGAGAGAAAUAUCCUGAGAAGUUCAAUAGCAGAAUGAAAAACAAGCUGUGGUAUUUGGAGUUUGCGACAUCUGAAUCCAUUUUCUCAACAUGCAAAAAGCUGGAAGAGUCUUUGACAGUUGAGAUCUGCGGGAAGCCGCUGGAUCUGAGCAACCUGUCCCUGGAAGGCAUCGCAGUACUGAACAUCCCGAGCAUGCAUGGCGGCUCCAACCUCUGGGGCGACACCAAGAGGCCUCCUGGGAGCACCUGUGAGAUCAACCAGGCCUUGGGCAGCACGGCCAAAAUAAUUACAGACCCCGAUAUCUUGAAAACCUGUGUCCCAGACAUGAGUGACAAGCGGCUCGAAGUGGUAGGAAUAGAAGGUGUGAUUGAGAUGGGCCAGAUCUAUACCAGGCUCAAGAGUGCAGGACAUCGGUUGGCCAAGUGCUCUGAGAUCACAUUCCAGACCACAAAAACCCUCCCUAUGCAAAUUGAUGGGGAGCCCUGGGUGCAGGCGCCCUGUACUAUCAAGAUUACCCAUAAGAACCAGAUGCCUAUGCUCAUGGGUCCAGUCUCCAGCUCCUGCAAUUUCUUUGGCUUUUGGAGCUGAGUGUACCCUCUGCCUUGAGUCCACCUCCGUGUUCCUGGAGCUCUCCCUCUAGGCUCUGCACAUCGGUGCCACACUUUCCUGCCAGCCCAGAAGGAUGCUCCAUUACUUUCACAGUAUUUAUUAUCCUGCAUCCAGCUCACACACAUACAUUCAUACACAGGCAACAAUGCAUAGCAUUGAAAGUGCCUCACCUAAUAAACUGAUACUUUCCUUCA